AUGGCGCUGGGCACUAGGAAGGAUCCCUUCUUCUUCAGGGCAGGGCAGGGUACGCAGUACGCAGGGUACUGUCCCGCAGAGGCUGCCUCUCUGGUGGACUCCGUUUUUAAGUUUGAAUAUGACCGAACACGGGACCAGGCAAUGAAUAACACAACCGGCUUGGCAUUAGCAGAUGGUAGCCGGAAGGAUUUACCGGCGCUCCGAGCUUUGACCGGGUCCCUCCUGGCGCUGCUUAUAAUUUGGACGCUUUUCGGCAAUUUAACGGUGUGCGCAGCCGUUUGUCGCUUCCGCCACCUGCGCGCCAAGGUAACCAACAUCUUCAUCGUGUCCCUGGCUCUAUCGGACCUCCUAGUCGCCGUGCUGGUGAUGCCAUGGAAAGCAGUGGCUGAGGUGGCUGGUUUCUGGCCGUUUGGAGGGUUCUGUAAGCCCUGGCUGGCCUGCGACAUCAUGUGCUCCACGGCCUCCAUCCUCAACCUGUGCCUCAUUAGCGUGGACCGAUACUGGGCCAUCUCCAGCCCUUUCCUUUACGAGAGGCGCAUGAACAAGAUGCUGGCCUCUGUGAUGAUCGGAGUGACCUGGACUGUGUCAGUGAUAAUCUCCUUUGUCCCCGUGCAGCUGGACUGGCACCGUACGGAGAUAGGUGAUCCGGCUGGGGAGGCUUUUGUCCUUAACGCUGAGGGUGUUGAUGGGAGAUGUGACUCCAGCCUGAGCCGGACUUACGCCAUCUCCUCCUCCCUCAUCAGCUUCUACAUCCCCGUGUUUAUCAUGAUUGUCACAUACACGCGCAUCUAUCGGAUAGCCCAGCAGCAGAUCCGGAUUAUUUCCUCCCUAGAGCGUGCAGCGGAGCACGCGCAGAGUUGUCACUUGGACGUACCCGAACUUUGUUCUCACCUGUACACUGAACUCAAAGUCUCCAUCAGAAAAGAGACGAAAGUUCUCAAAACUCUCAGCAUCAUCAUGGGGGUUUUUGUUUGCUGCUGGUUACCGUUUUUUAUCCUGAACUGCGCUCUGCCCUUCUGUCCCGGACCAGAGGAGCCUGUGGCGCUGCGGGGCCCUUACUGCGUCAGUGAGAAAACCUUCGACGUCUUCGUGUGGAUCGGCUGGAGCAAUUCGUCUCUUAACCCGGUCAUCUAUGCCUUUAACGCGGACUUCAGAGACGCCUUUUUUCGCCUGUUGCGCCUCCGCGGACAAGGCUGCUGCUCCACGAUGAGCGCGGCGGUGGAGACGGUGAUGGCGAGCAACGAGGCCGGACACCUGAAGCCGGAGAGCCCGCUGAACAUGAACCAGGAAGUCUAUGCCGUGAAGACCAGGGGCAGCGAGGACAGUGGGAACACAACGGUGACCCUGUUAUAUCUCAGAGGAACCACCUCUGAGCAGGUGAUGGACACUGAAGAAAGUAAAGACAACCACAGACUGACGCAUAUACCGAUAUAA